AUGUCUUCACAACUUCUCGUUCGUCAUGCUGUUGGUUCAGCGCGCCAAGCCAGGGCGUAUGACCGAGUCAGAUCAGAUUUCUCUGUAAAAUUGCAUAGAAAUGUGCGCGUGAUUUCAUCUUCAGCGACGCGCUCGGCGGCGGCUGCACCGAAACUGAAACCGACACCGACCUCAGCGCCUCCCCCUCCAUCUUUCGAGUCUGCGCCACAGCGAGAGCAAUCAUGGUUGACCACGAAAGUCAAGGCGUCUCCACUCCUUUUCUCAAUAUUCCUCUCUGCAGCACGUAUUCUCGGCUAUGGCUCGCCGCAACAGUUUGCUAAUCGGCGCACUCUGCUCUUAUAUAACACUCUAUGUGCUACGCGUGCCGAUGAAGCGUCUGCAUUUUGGAGAGAAGAAUACGCUCUUCCGCCAACUUUCCAGUCCUGGUUUACGAUCACAAACCUGCAUGUCUGGCUGCUCACUGUCCGACUCCGUGCUCUCCCUGCACCACACGGGAUACAGCAUGUGCAAGGGCUCAUUGACCAUUUCUUUCAGGACGUCGAGGAACGCUUGCGCGCUGUCCUUCAACCAGGCGUCCUACCUCCUCGUUCUUUAUCGCCAAAGCUAUUAGGCACUACCGAGGAUGGUUCACACUAUCCACACAGUUCUUUUUACACUACGCCCGCCGCCCUCGCGCCCAAAAGUACCUUUCCUUCGAAUAAAGCAUACCAAGAGGCCGUAAAACUUCAGAAACGCUCUCGUGCACCAGAAAAAUUGAUCACCAGGCAGAUGAAAAUUCUAAAAGAGCAAUGGGCCGGGAUGGGAAUGAGUUUGGACCUUGGCCUCGUAAGGGGCGAUGCUGAGAUGGCUGCGGCAGUCUGGAGAAAUUUGUUAGGUGCACGGGGUGCAAGUGGGAUUGCGUUGGACCACGAGGCCAACGGUAGCGGUUAUCGGAGAGCGGUUAACCUAGUUGGUGGACUUGUCGAGGACGUGAGAAAGGUGGACGUAGAUAAAGAAGAGUUCAAGGACGAUAACAGCGGUGUGCAUGACUUUGCUCCUUCGGAAAAUGACCGUGCAGUACCCACCCGUGGCACUUGUGCUAAGGCAUCCCUCAUCUUGUGUUCAUAUUAUUUCUUGCUAAUCGUCACUUACCCCAGAUAUAUCGGUUAUCCAGAGCUUAUGGUCACACUUGUCUCCUACAUCCGCCGUGAGAUUGUGAGACUGGAGCGUCUCGACGACAGUGCCAUCAUGGGGCCACGGCGUGUCGGACGUGAGGGUGAAGGUGUCCAGAACUUAAGAUGGGGAGAAAUCGACAACGCUAUACGGAGGUAA